CUCGCACGCAUGUGUCAAAGCCUAUAGUCAGUUUUGUUUACAGAGAAAGGAAAACGAAAGAACCUCAUCAAAUAGAGCAGUCAUUUCUCUUAUACCUGGCAUUUGUAUGUAAGUUGGACAAGGAUGUACCCAACAUCCUGUGACACAUUCGUAGCCCUGCCUCCAUCCACAGAAGAUCAGAGGGUGGUCUUCGGUAAGAACUCAGACAGACCCUGUGAUGAAGUUCAAGAGGUGGUCUACUUCCCUGCUAAGGAUCAUAAACAAGGAGAAAAAGUGGAGUGUACAUAUAUCGAGAUUGAGCAGGCAGCUCACACAUAUGCAGUUGUGCUGAGUCGACCCGCCUGGUUGUGGGGAGCAGAAAUGGGGGCAAAUGAGCAUCAGGUGUGCAUCGGGAAUGAGGCUGUGUGGGGCAGAGAGAGCGCGGAUGGAGAAGAAGCCCUCUUGGGCAUGGAUCUUGUCAGGCUGGCUCUGGAGAGGGCUGACACUGCUGAACAGGCUGUAGAUGUUAUAACAGAACUACUGGAAAAAUACGGCCAGGGAGGGAACUGUAUGGAGGAUGAGUGUGGAUUCACAUACCAUAACAGCUUCCUCAUAUCAGACCGUACAGAGGCCUGGGUACUCGAGACGGCUGGGAAAUACUGGGCAGCAGAGAGAAUAAAGGCCGGCUGUCGCAACAUCUCUAAUCAGUACUCCAUCACAACUAAGAUGGAUAAUGAGCACCCCCGUUUGAGGAACUAUGCCCAAGAGCGGGGCUGGUGGGAUGGACAGACUGAGUUCAGUUUCGCUGAUGUUUACUCCUUCAAAUCUACAGCCCGAAUGGAGGCCGCAGGUGACAGAUACUGUGAGGGGCGCAGACUUCUGAAGAAAAGCGAAGGCCACAUCACAGCAGAAACCAUGAUGGACAUUUUGAGGAAUAAGGAGAGUGGCAUAAACAUGGAGGGUAUGUUCAUGACCACAGGAAGUAUGGUGUCAGUGGUUCCUAAAGACCCCUCAUUGCCAGGUGUCCACUUCUUCACUGCUACCCCAGACCCAGAAAGGUCUGUGUUUAAGCCAUUUGUAUUUGUAUUGGACAUAAAGCAGUUAAAGCAUACAUGCUCUCCGUGUUAUGGUGAGGAGGAUCCUGUGAAGAAGAAACCCCGUUUCCAGAGCAAACCGAACCGCAAACACCCUCUGUUCCUUAAACACGAGGUUGUUGCUUCGAUCAUCGACAACACCAGGGAGAGAGGACAGAAGAUUGUACAAAACUUGAGAGAUCUGGAGAAGCAGAAGAUUACAAAGAUGGAGAAAUAUCUGAUGGCUGGAAUUGAGGACCCAACAAUGCUGGUUCAUCUCUUUACAGACACUGUAACAGACGAGUUCAGUGUUUACAGUAAAGCCUGAGACUGUCUGACACUCAGUUAGGCAUCUCCUGUAUGUUUGGAUAUAAUUUGAGAAUGAAAUGACUUGUGUGUGUGUGUGUGUACACACACACACACACACACACACACACACAUAUAUAUAUAAAAAAAAAUAUAUAAUAUAGAAGACAGCAAAACUGUUGACACUGAGUGCUUGAAUGAUCAGGAGUUGUACUUUCAUAUUGCACUAUGCACUCUGGGCAUGUUUUCUUUGGAAUCUUAUUGUAUGUAUGGUAUGUGACAAUAGAAGUAUAUUUGUGCUAUUGUAAAGUGUCUGUCAGAGAUCUAAUAUGUGACUUUCAAAUUGUGUUUGUCAUGUCCAUGUCUACCAUCAAGCCCAUAAUCCAGUGGCAUUAGUUUUAAUGAGAGGACAUCUUUAACACAAACUAACAUAAAGUCAUUAAUUACAGAAUGAAUCCUUUUGAGAAAGGUUUUAUUGUACAAACUGGAAGUUGGCAGGACUGAAUACAUGAAAAUAAUGUACUAACAACCCACUCUUGAAAUAAUAAACCGAGCAAAAACUAAAAUAAUUUCAUUUCACAUUGUUAUCAAACCUGAUUCAAUUCUUGGAAAUAUUUCUGACAGGCCUUUUGAUUGAAUUUAAUCUGGGUUCUGGAUUAGCUGUUUGAUGCUUUGGUUAAAUUCAGAUUAAGAAAGUACUCAUCAUAAAUGAUGGUUAUAUUUCUUGUUUAAUAAGAAAAGGCUAUAAUUUUAACAUAGGCCAUACCAUGAAAAAGGUUUUAGUCGUACAUUAUUAAAAGGACAGUUCACCCAAAAUCAUUUACUCACCCUCAUGCAAUACCAGUAUGUAUAUGACUUUCUUUCUUCUGCAAAACAGAAAUAUUUGUAGAAGAAUAUUUCAGCUCUGUUGGCCCAUUCAAAGCAAGUGAACUUUCAGCUCCAAAAAGCAUAUAAAGGCAGCAUAAAAGUGAUCUGUAAGACUCCAGUGGUUAAAUCCAUGUCUACAGAAGUGAUAUGACAGGUGUAGGUUAGAAACAUCAAUAUUUAAGUCCUUUUCACUAUAAAUUCUCCUCCCUGCCCAGUAGGUGAUAUGAAGAAUGUGAAUCAACAAAAACAAAUGAAAGUGAAAGUGGAGAUUUUUUAGUAAAACAGGACUUAAAUAUUGAUCUGUUUCUCACCCACACUUAUAUCACUUUUGAAGACAUGGAUUAAACCACUGGAGU